CCUUAGUAUUCAUUUUUGUUUCGUUAUGUCGACACACCAAUCGUAACUCGUUCAGAAAUAACACUAAACAGGGUCUGGAUACGUCCGAAAUUGAAUUUACACAAAAACCAAUUGUAGAUCCUUAAAACAUAUAAACACAAAAGUCCACUUUACAUAAGAGACAUUUAAAUUUGAAGUUAACUUUUCAAGGUCCGGCGUAAUUAUGGGACCACUUAAUUGUGUUCUUGCUGCGAUGAUCUUUAUGAUAUGCGGUUCAGCAGCGGAAGAUUAUAAUAUAUUUUGCCAAUACGACGUGGGUUCCAUUGCCUACAAGAAUGAGAGUCAAGUGUAUCCCUGGUACAUAGACACCAGGAUGUGCACCCACCUAGUUCUUGGACACGGAUUCGGUGUAAACGAGACCGGUGAAGUCCAAAUCACUGACGAGUUCCUACUCAUCAAACAUGGCUUUCUAAAAAGUGCCGCCGAACUGAAGAUUGAUAACGUGAAGAAAAUUCUGUUUACUCUGGGUGGAUGGGCCGAUGGGGAAUCCCGCCGACUCACCCAAGUGAUAUCCAAUUCAACCAAACGGGACGAGUUCUACAAAUCGCUAACCAUUUUUUUGAGAAAAUGGCGUCUUGAUGGCAUCCAGAUCGACUGGCGCUCUCCUUCCCAGGACAGUAAGCCUGAGGACAAGAAAAACUUUGUCACCUUCCUUGAGGGGCUACGUUUGAGUGCCCAGGAGCAUAAGUUCAUCGUGAUGGUGGCGGUCCUGGGGCGUACAGACAAGAAGACAUUGGCAGCCUACAACAUCCCCGCUAUCGUGAAGGAAGUGGACUUUGUCAACCUGAUGCUGCACGAAGAAAGGGACGCUCACAGCCGGAAACUAGGCUACAAUGCACCUCUCUAUGGCCCCGAAAAAAGUAUGGACGCUGCUGUUAAGCACUGGUCGAAGGCUGGACAUGCUCCCAAAAAGCUAAUCAUGGGCAUUCCUCUAUUUAUGACCUCUUAUACAAUGGAUAAGAAAAAGUCCACAGUGGGAUCCCCCUCCAAGGGUCCAGGCAAGACGACGCCAUAUACCCGUCGUCCCGGUUUUAUGACCUACAAUGAGUGGUGCCCUAAUACCAAAAAAUGGGCCAUUAACUUUGACAACAAGUUCAUGGUGCCGUAUGCCACCCAAGGUGACCAAUGGGUUAGCUUCGAAAAUGGACAAAGCAUUUCGGCAAAGAUGAACUUACUCAAAAAUAGCAAACUGGGCGGCGCUAUGGCCUGGACCGUUGACGCGGAUGACUUUUCUGGCAGAUGCGGCCAGGAGUUUUCCCUGCUCUUUGCCAUCUUCGAGGCGCUGGGAGAUAUAAAGACGUUGCUCACCACAACCCCCAAGUACGAGCCCAGUGGACUUUGCCCAAGGGAUGAGUGGAAGCGUGAUCAUUGGGACUGUCGGCUCUACUAUGAGUGCCGCAAUGGACAGCGAUAUUACUACGAAUGCAUUAAAGGAGAGUUCUUUGAUGAGAAACUAAAAUAUUGCCGCCCCGAACAUGAAGUGGAAUGCAAACAGGACUUUGUUAUUUGGCGUCCGGGCAUGCCCCUUUAUGACAUGGAAAACUUUCCCCGUAAUCUAAAAAUAGUUGAGUAGGCACCAAUCCCCCAGAAAAAUUGUGUCAUCCUGUUGGUCGUAUUAAAGUUUUAGCAAUUUACUGACGAUAAA